AUGGGGUUUGACUACGUUCUGGUACAUGUCACCUACAAUAUACCCUUAGCGGGGCUCCUGACACUUGUUUACUGGCCAUUCAUGACACGUCUGGACUGGCAGAAGAUUUCCACCCUCGUCAUUAUAUCCCUCGUCGCUACCAUUCCGUGGGACUCGCACUUGGUGCGUCAUCGCAUCUGGACCUACGCCCCUAAUGGAGUCACAGGCUGGACAUUAUACGAUAUCCCUAUAGAAGAAGUCUCUUUCUUCAUUUUUCAAACGUAUAAUACCAGCUUGGUAUAUCUAAUUCUAACUCGGAGGCUUGUGCUGCCGAUGUACUUGGGUAAAGUCGCACGAAAAGAGACUAUCAUUGGAGCGUUGAUACUUCUACUUGCUACUCUGGUUGGACUUAUCGCAUUGCGCUGUGGAGAGCAGUUUACUUACAUUGGCCUAAUUAUGACAUGGGCGGGUCCAUUCCUUCUGAUACAAUGGCUAUUCUCUUCUGGUUUCAUAAUGGCACUCCCCAGAAUGGAGCUUAUGGCAUCCGUUACGCUUCCCACUCUUUUUCUUUGGACUGUGGACACAAUUUCCAUCAAUAAAGGAACUUGGACUGUUGAAGUGCCGACCAAACUAGGCAUUCAGCCGUGGAGUGGUAUGGAUAUCGAGGAGGUGCUCUUCUUCCUCGUCACCAAUAUGAUGAUCGUUUUCGGUCUGGUAUGUAUCGAUCAUGCUAUUGCAAUGGCAACUUGUGAACUAGCUCAAUCAUCGGAAGCAGUUCAAAGCCUCCCGUCCUACUUCCGGGUCUUCGCACAGUUUAUGACCAACAGAUACCAUCCAGACGCACGAUUCGUGGUUAGUCUGGGUAACGCAGUUGAGCGUCUCGCAGCCUCCAGUCAGAGCUUGUACAUGGGGAGUGCCAUGUUUCAAGGACCGCUUCGGAUUGAUCUAAUCUUGCUAUACUCUUUCUUCCGAAUAGCAGACGACCUAGUCGACGAAGCCCAGGACACCGACAGCGCACGCAGGGUCAUCGAGCAAUGCGAUCAGCUCCUCGAAGCCAAGUUCUCGCACCCAGAGCUGUUUCCAUUCUCGCCUAGCUCCGAAGAAGCCAAGCACCCUGCACUCCCGGAGCUCAUCGCAGCGAUCAACAGUCUCCCCGUAUCCCGAUUGCGGCUUGAGCAUCUAAAAGGUCUCCUCGAGGGCUUCCGGACAGACCUAGCCUUCGACGCGAAAUCUGGGUCCUUCCCUAUCGUCACAGAAUCCGAUCUUGACGCUUAUUCUUAUCAUGUCGCCAGCACUGUGGCGGCAUCCAUGUUAGGUCUAGUUGUUCAUCAUUUUCCGGAUCAUCAGUUUGCAGUCAACGUUUUUCUUCGUCGUCGCGUGGUAGAUGCUGGUGAAAGGAUGGGCCAAGCUCUGCAAUACACUAAUGUAGCCCGUGAUAUUGCUCGUGAUGCUGCGAUGAACCGGGUGUAUCUACCUACAACAUGGCUGAAGGAACAGGGGCUGAGUCCUGCCGAUGUCCUCGCUUCGCCUACAGAUGCUCGGCUGCAGUUAGUGCGAAAUAAAGCACUUGAUAGGGCCGACUUUCUCGGUGCUUCAGCUCGGGAAGAGAUUAGACUUCUGCCGGAAGAGGUCCAGGGACCGUUUUUUGCGACUGUUGAUAGUUACCUGGAGAUAGGGGCAGCUUUGAGACGGGGUAUGAGGCCAGGAACCUCGGGGGCAAGUUAA